AUGGAGGGUCAACAACAAACCAGAAGGAAAGGAAAAAAGAGUGUUGAGAUGCUGGACAGGCUAAGUGAGUUGCCUGACCCUAUAAUCCAUCACAUUCUGGCUUUAAUGCCCACGGAAUACGCAGUUAGAACCUGUGUCCUAUCCAAAAAGUGGAGGCAACAUUGGACUCAUGUCCAUAGUCUCAAUUUUAAAUACUACCCUUUUGAACGUUUCUGGCGCUUUUGUCGAGGAGCUAAAAAGUUUGAAAGAUUUGUCCGUUAUGUUCUGCGUUGCCGCCAACCCUGUAAGCUUCGUAGACUGAAGUUUCAUGGCUCAAGAAACUUAAGUUUCUGUAACAGAGUUUUUAACUAUGCUAAAUUACAUCGUGUCGAAGAGCUUGACACAGAUUUUUGUCACUUUCCCCCACGCUUUCUGGAAAGUCAAACUUUAACGACACUCACGGCCGUACAUACAUUGCCAUGCUCACUUGGAUUUGCAGCAUUGACAACUUUGCAACUCCAAAGUAUUAUGUUAGCAAGCGAGGAUAUCUUCUCUAGCUGCUUGAAACUCGAGGAUCUACUCCUAAUUAACUGUUCUUUGAAAGUCGAGGUUUUUAACAUAUCUACUCCACAGCUGAUUAGCCUAACCAUAUCAGGUUUAAGAGUUGAUUAUAAUUAUUGGCAUGAAGGCAACAGAAGGAACAAGAAAUUACUAGUGAUCACUGCACCGAGUCUUAAAGUCCUUUACUUUCGCGGAACGUAUCCACCGCUCUUGAGUCUGAAUAAAUGUAAAGUUCUUGACAAGGUGAGUAUUCAAAUGUACCCACCAGAUUGUUGCCGGCGUAAUAGAGAUAAUUGGAAGCAGGAGUGCAAUUCCGAUAUUCAAAGAAUGGCUGAAGGGCUCUCUCAUGUAAAAUCGCUCACAAUUUCAGUAUAUGUUCGUAAGGAGUCCAAUAAGGCAAAGGUUAUUCGACGUACCUCUCGUUGA